CUAAAUGGUGAAAAAGCGGCGAUGGAAUCGAAAUGGGCCGAAGUGCGCGCGAUUUUGCUGGAACGUGACAGUGAUGCAUCCCGGAAAACAUCGAAUGCCGAAUCGAUUGCUGAAAAUGAACAGUAUCAAAUGCGGCAACUGACCGAUACAAUAAAUGAGCUAAAAAGCAGAAUGAAUGAACAGAAUAAAAAACUGGAACAUGAUAAGGUAAUGAAUGCUUUUGUGGGUUUUUGA